CACAGCAUCCCCCACUGGAUUCCAGGCUCACCAAGAACUGUGAAGGUUCUCCCUGGUCCGUGACACUUCAGGAGGUGGACUUUGCCUCUUUGUGGCUGAAGGGUAACUGUGAAGGCUCCUCCUGUGCCUGAGAAAAGAACCAGGCUGCUGGGAGCUGUCACAGCUGUUUCGGAGCGUCCACAAGCGCAGACCAGCUCUGUCUAACCUCUGAGAUGCCUCUGCCCAGCUUCAUCAAGGACCGCUCCAAGACCAAUGCGCUGCCUAUGAAGAGCAAGAAGGCCUCCAGCUUCCACGAGUUUGCCCGCAACACCAGUGAUGCCUGGGACAUUGGUGAUGAUGAAGAUGAGGACUUCUCUUCUUCCUCUUCUUCUCUGCAAACUCUGAACUCUAAAGUGGCCAAGGCCACAGCAGUCCAGGUUCUGGAGAACCACAGCAAGCUGCGAGCGAAACCUGAGCGGGCCCAGUCCACUCUCAGUGACAUGCCCACCAACUGCAAGGUCAUCAAGUCCAGCAGUGAGGCCCAGCUCUCCAGGGCAUCUGAGGAGGCCUGUGUGCGGACCCCGCUCCAGAAGCAGCAGUCCCUCCCCCUCCGCCCUGUCAUUCCUCUCGUCGCUCGCAUCUCUGACCAAAACGCUUCGGGGGCUCCCCCCAUGACCGUGCGGGAGAAAACCCGCUUGGAGAAGUUCAAACAGCUCCUUUCCAGCCACAACACCGACCUGGAUGAGCUGAGGAAGUGCAGCUGGCCUGGGGUGCCCAGAGAGGUCCGGCCUGUGACGUGGCGUCUCCUCUCAGGCUACCUCCCGGCAAACACGGAGCGGCGGAAGCUGACGCUGCAGCGCAAGCGGGAGGAGUACUUCGGCUUCAUCCAGCAGUACUACGACUCCCGCAACGAGGAGCACCACCAGGACACCUACCGGCAGAUCCACAUCGACAUUCCACGGACCAACCCACUCAUCCCCCUCUUCCAGCAGCCACUUGUCCAGGAGAUCUUUGAGAGGAUCCUGUUCAUCUGGGCCAUCCGACACCCAGCCAGUGGCUACGUGCAGGGCAUCAAUGACCUGGUCACCCCCUUCUUUGUUGUCUUCCUCUCUGAGUAUGUUGAGGAGGAUGUGGAGAACUUUGACGUGACCAACCUGUCGCAGGAUGUUCUACGGAGCAUCGAGGCAGACAGCUUCUGGUGCAUGAGCAAGCUGCUGGAUGGGAUCCAGGAUAACUACACCUUUGCACAGCCAGGGAUCCAGAAGAAGGUCAAAGCCCUGGAGGAGCUGGUCAGCAGGAUUGAUGAGCAGGUACACAAUCACUUUAGGAGGUACGAGGUCGAGUACCUGCAGUUUGCCUUCCGCUGGAUGAACAACCUGCUGAUGAGGGAGCUGCCCCUGCGCUGCACCAUCCGCCUCUGGGACACCUACCAGUCAGAGCCAGAAGGGUUCUCCCAUUUCCACCUGUACGUCUGCGCUGCCUUCUUGAUCAAGUGGAGGAAGGAGAUCCUAGAUGAGGAAGACUUCCAGGGCCUUCUGAUGUUGCUGCAGAACCUGCCCACGAUACACUGGGGUAACGAGGAGAUCGGACUGCUGCUGGCUGAGGCCUACAGACUCAAUCCUCGGACACUCCGGCUGGGAGCUGCUCCUCGCUGUACAAAGCUCACAUCAACUCUUGUCUUAACUCUCAACGUGUGCCUGGCUGCCACUCCACGCCCCUGGCUGUGCCACUCCAACCACCUGCAGUAUUUCAGGCCCUGCCGCUGGCUCCUCCCAGGGAGAGAGGCUUGAAGGGGCUUGGGGGAAGACGUUGGGGGGCAGCUUUCCAGAUGAACUGAGCCGAGGAUGAAGCCCUCCUGUCCUCUCCACCCUUUGCCCUGGGCUUGUCCAGCUGGGACCACCUUGUCUUGGCUGCCUCCUGUGAACCUGCUUCCAUGUGUGCUGCUCCUGCUCACUCCAUCUCCUGGAUGAAAAUGCCUUAUCAGAGACCUACCUGGCUGGAGAAUCCUCCCCCCACACCGAGGGUGGCAGGAAAAGAAGUUCCUCAGGGCCUAACUUUGCUCCGAGGGUCUGGAGACCUCCAAGCACUUUGUGGGCUCACGAGAGAGCCUCUUGUGCCUGCCCUCUGCUUCUCCUCAUCCCCUUCGCCUCUCUCUCCCCUGGGGCAGCGGAGUGGGCAGCGAGGGGCUGGGGCCUUCGCUCCCUCCAGGCGUAGGUUGACCACUCCAAGGGACUCCUGGUGGCUGAUGUGCUGUCGGUACAACCCCCUCCAGUGCAGGGGGAGGUGUGGGGGGGCUGGGAGGGGAGCAGCAGCAUCUCCUGAACCCCCCUUGUGAAGCCCCCCUGCUCCUCUGAGGCGUUGUGUGUAUAUCGUGUUCUUGUGUAUAUGGGUCAGAGCUGUACAAUAUCUGUCUCUGUUUGUAGCAGAUAAGGAUUUUAUAUUUAUAACCUGCACCCCCUUCUUCUCCCCACCCCUCUCCAUGCCUGGGAAAGAUGCCUGGGGACAGCCUCGGAGGGCUUUGGACCCCCUCCAGAGGUGAGGAGCACUUUGGAGCCGUGAGUGUUUCUGCCCCCCACGUGUUGCUGCAGUGUUGGAGCUGCCAGGACAAGGUGUGAUGGAAAUGUGGAUCUCAAGGCUUCCCCUGUGAAGGAGGAUUGGGGUGUUGAAAGGAGGUGGAAGCUCCAUCAGGAAGCAGGGAAGAGCCAUGUCGAGGAAACAGGGUAUGUGGGGUGAUUGUGCCCCUCCAAGCACUGCAGGGCAGAGCUGUGCCAGGGGGACUCUCUGGGAAGCAUCCUGCAUCCAGCACUGGCUGCCCCCAGCACUCCCCAGCCCUGCAGCCAUGGACGUGUCCUCCUGGGACCAACAGGGACCAGGCCUUGCUGCCAUCUGCUUUUACAUCAAACCAACCAGGAAUGUUCCUGGGGGCAGGCGCUGGCUGGGCUGUGCCAGGAGGGUGGAGGGUGCUGGACCCAGGCCACCCUGGGCUGCCUGGGGAGCUACCUGGGCAGGGCAUGGAGCAGCCUGGGCCCUCCGCUUUCCAAUGCUGCUCCCGGUGGGAAGAGGCAGCAGGCCCUGAGGCCAAGCAUGUGGAAGGCAGAGCCUUGUUGCCAAUAAAACUCCAAACAGUGUCUCAAGAAAUGGCUUCCAAACUUGGAGUUGUUCUUCUGGCCUCUGUGUGCCUGCCAGGCAGACCUGGCAGCGCUUGUGUCGUGGAAGGGACCUCAAGGAUCCCCCAAGUAAGAACAUCACCAAUUAAACAACAAAAAAAAGGUGGGGGUGGAAAUAACAAAACCUCCAAACCAGCAAGUGAGCUGUGUGGUCUGGCUGGCAGGGGGGUGGUGAGGCCAUGUCUGGCCUCCUGAGGGCCUUCAGGCACCUCCUGCGGCCUCAUGAGGGACUUGAGGCACAUCACCCACCCCUAGUGCGUCAGUUUCCCCACUUGUACAAGGAGGAGGGAGCUCUGCUCUUUGCUGCACCAUGCUGGGCAACUCUGCUGCUGGUGAGAGCAGGUUAUGGGAGGACAAACCCUUAAUGCCCCCUGCAGUUGCUUUCUCUCCCCUGUUACUCAUUUUUUGAAGUCCAACAGAGUGCAAGUUGAAGUCCAAGCUGGUGGAAAAGGAUCCCC